UAGCGGCUCGUAUACAAAGUAAAAUUAGUAAGUUAUUCUGUAUGAUGUAGUUGCAUUUGCACCGCGCAGUGUGUUCAGAGUGCGAGCGCCCGCGAAGUAAUGUCAGUGGCCGACAGAAAUGCUGUCGGCGAUGACAAGAAAACGGCCUUUUGUGAGGACAGCACCGACAGUGAUAAUGAUACGGAAAGGAAGCCCCUGCUGCGGAGGAUAUCAACCAGCAAGUGCGUCGGUAGGCUGCCGGUGGUCAAGGAGGGUUACCUGAUGAAGCAGACGCACAGCUUCCAGCGCUGGCAGCGCCGCUACUUCAAGCUGCGCGGGCGCGCGCUCUACUACGCCAAGAAGAAGGACAGUCAACUGUGGGACGAGUUUGAGCUAGAGGACGCCACCUUCGCCGAGUGCAGCAUCAAUAACGCCAACAACAGCUUCCAAGUGAUAACAGCUAGCCGCAGCCUCGUGCUGUGCGCGGACAGUCGCGGAGAAAUGGAGUCGUGGGCAGGAGCGCUGCGAGGCGCCCUGCACCGCGGCGCCGACGUGGCUGACCUGGUCGCUCGCCUGUCUUCUGGGGACCACCACUGGUAUGCAGCAACACACGCGCGUCCCACCUUCUGCAACGUGUGCCGCGAGCCCCUCGGCGCGCUGGGCACGGCGCACGCGCUGGCGUGCGAGCUGUGCAAGUUCAAGGCGCACAAGCGCUGCGCGUCGCGCGCGCCGCCCUCGUGCAAGUGGAGCACGCUGGCUUCGCUCGGCCCGCACGUGGUAGAGGACGUGGAAGGGAACAUAAUAAUGCCUCACCAGUGGCUGGAAGGGAACCUGCCCGUAGCAGCCAAGUGCGACGUCUGUGAUAAAACCUGCGGUUCGGUGCUCAGAUUGCAAGACUUCAGAUGCGUGUGGUGCCGGAGAUGUGUGCACGCGGCGUGCAAGCCUAGCUGGCGCGCGUCGUGCAUGCUAGGCCCGGCGCGCGCGUCGGUCGUGCCGCCCACGCGCCUGCACUCGGUGGGGCCUGAUGACGCGUGGGUGCCUGACAGACCGCCGAACGCCAGCCCGCUCAUAGUCUUUGUCAAUUCGCGGUCAGGUGACAACCAAGGCGUGAAGUUCCUCCGGCGCUUCAAGCAGCUGCUAAACCCAGCGCAAGUGUUCGAGCUAAGUGGAGCUGGUCCCAGGCUAGGGCUGCGAUUGUUCAGGCACUUCGCCCCACUGCGGGUGCUGGUGUGCUCGGGAGACGGGUCGGUGGGCUGGGUACUGCAAGAGGUCGACAAGUUGGACAUGCACCGUCAAGUACAAACAGCAGUGCUGCCGCUUGGUACUGGUAACGACCUGGCGCGAGUCCUGGGCUGGGGCGCGUCGUGCGACGACGCGGCUAACUUACAGCAACUGCUGGAGCGUUACGAGAGGGCUUCGACUAAGAUGCUGGAUAGGUGGUCGAUAAUGACGUUCGAGAGGGCAUUGACAGCGCCGCCGCCUCCGCCCGCGCCGCCUGACUUGGUAGAAGAGAGCUCGCUGCUGAAGAACUUGCAGGAAAUCAUGCAGGUGAGUGGGGGGCAGGGCUGUUACUACACGCGCGCGCAUCUGGCGAACGACCACGCGAGAUGCAGAUCUUGGGAGCCUCUAGAAACAAAUAGUGAUAGUGAGCCUGAAGCACAACCCGUUGCCGAGAAAGGCAGCAUCGAAAAGACUGAAAAGGAGCAGCUUAAUUGGGCGGCACGAGGCUGCGCGCUCGCCGGUCGCGCAGAUAGCGUUCGGCGAGCGUUACGCUCGCUAGUCCGUACGCUCGUGCAAUUCUACCCGCAGGAGUCAGAAUCGUGCGAUACGUGCACGAGCGGCGCGGAGGGCGGGGCGGCGUGCGAGGGGGGCGCGGGCGCGGACGAGAUGUCGGCGCUGCCGGUGCCGAAGGCCUUCGCCGACAGUCGGCGCUCGUCGGCCGCGUCGGCCGUCUCCGCCGCCUCUAUCAACCCUGAGAACAUUCCAGACGUGGACGAAGACAUAGCGAAGUUAAUUAGUUCGAAUCCGCCUGAGCAGGCGUUCAGCUUAGACGUAGACAAGCGCUCGCGCAGCAAGGCUAGUUCGGCCUCGCCGCAGGAGCGCCUGUCUCUCUCCAACCUGUCCUCCUGCGACACCUCCUCCUGCCGCAACCUCCGCCCCGACGCCGCCGCCUUUAGCUCUAGCCUUACGAUACCUAACCUAGUUGUCUCCGACGAUAGCGAUAAGCCAGAUUCGAUAUUACAGGGAGUAGCUUACGAAUCGGACCAAUUGACUAUUAUAGACAUCGACAAACCUUACACCGACGACGUUCAUUAUAGCGAACUGAGUGCCCGAGCGACCCCAGUUAGUGGGGAUUGCACGCCGGAGAGGAAACUAUCCAGCGUUGACUUGGAGGUGGAUGCAACGAGCUCGGAAGGGUCCAAUAUUAGCGACGACUUUAGCUUAAUAUCAGAGAUUAUUGACGCGAAACCAGAUGAUAUCGAAGAGACUGGCUGCAUCGGACACAUCGAUUCCCCUGAAGUUUCAGAUGCGACGUAUAUGAACUCUGAGACCUUACAUGGGGAAUCGAUCAUGGACGACAUCAGCUCUAUGCUCGGACAGGACGUCCUUAUGGCUAUGAUGGGGAAAAACGGAGAAAACGAAACGUAUACGGAUGACACGACACUUUUUACAUCAGAUACAGUGUCAGAUAUACAAAUGGACAGCCGAAACCCAAGCUUGGAAAAGAAUAACGAGACCAAAAUGAAAUACAUAUCGAAAAUUAAGAAGCCCAAAGAGGGGGAGGUUGAGAAAUUCGGGUUCGAAAACAGAGUAUUCUACAUCGAAAAUGCAACGAAAGUGGAGGAGCAAAUCAAAUACUGUAGUUUAGCGCAGUUCGAGGAGGGCAGUGACAUCGCUCGGAAAUCGUUCAGAAAACAACUAAAGAAAAGCAUUAAGAAGAGGGUGGCCGACGAUUCAAGUGUUAAACACCUAUUGCCUACGACAGAAGAACUAAAAGACGACGAUUUUGGGAAAUGCUGUCACAGUUCUCCGACAAUGAUUCCGUUGAACCAGCACUGUGAAAAGAAAGCAGAUGGCGUCCAACUCCAAAUACCAGCGUUUCCUCAAGUUAGUGUUGUAGUGGAACCUCCUUCUCCUUCACACAGCGAAGAUAGGAAGAGCUUGAAGAAUAACGGUAGUCGAAUGGCGUCGGUGCUAAGUGACAUCUUCGACCAGGGUACGGAUACGCUGAGUGUGCAUUCCCCUGAACCCAGCAUUGCCACAGCCAGGGAAAGGCGGCAGUCAGAUAACCCGAACCUGUUAAGUUCUGAUCCGGAGUAUGGAAAGUUUUUGAGCUGCUCCCCUGCCGCUACAAGAAGAAUAUCCUGUGGAAGCCUCUUCAAACCUGGUGAACCUGACAACAGGUUAUCAACAUCAGUGUCAUCAAUAUGGGGGGAAGGCGGUGCGAUGAGCGGGAUGGGGUCAUCAAAGACCGAAGUCAAUGAAAAAGCUAAGAAACUUCCCAUCAUCAACCCCCUAGUUCAAUUACCAGCUUGGCCGCACGUCACCCAAGGGUUCAUAAGCCAAUGUCUUCUCGCAAACGCUGAUGCGUUAUGCGCUGCUGUCAGUCCAUUGAUGGAUCCUGAUGAGACGUUGUUAGAAGGGUUCUAUGAAAGAGCGGUGAUGAACAACUACUUCGGAAUUGGGAUCGACGCGAAGAUAACUCUGGAUUUCCAUAAUAAGAGGGAGGAACACCCUGAGAAGUGUCGGUCGAGGGCGAGGAAUUACAUGUGGUACGGCGUGCUGGGGUCGAAGGAAUGGGUCAAUAGGACUUACAGGCAUCUCGGACAACGAGUACAACUGGAAUGCGACGGCCAAAGGAUACCUUUACCCGAGCUGCAAGGGAUCGUAGUCCUCAACAUCCCCUCGUUCAUGGGCGGGACCAACUUCUGGGGCGGUACCCGCGGGGAUGACCUAUUCCUGGCGCCUUCCUUCGAUGAUAGGAUCCUUGAGGUGGUAGCAGUAUUCGGCUCAGCCCAAAUGGCGGCUUCGCGCCUCAUCAAUCUCCAAAAACACCGCAUCGCUCAAUGCAGGGCAGUUCAGAUCAACAUCCUUGGCGAGGAAUGUGUGCCAGUACAAGUGGACGGAGAAGCGUGGCUACAACCGCCCGGAUGCGUCCGGAUCAUACACAAGAACCGGGCGCAAAUGCUGUGCAGGUCAAGAACACUGGAGAACAGUCUUAGGGCGUGGGACGAGAAGCAACAAAUGAAGGCGCACGCGCUGGCCGGGCAGCCGCCGCGCGCGCCGCUGACCGCCGCCGAAGCCGCCCAGUUGCUCGCGCUGCUCGAUGACGUCAACACGCUCGUCAAGCACGUCAGUACCCUGCCUUAUGUUAGCUCCGCUGUGACGUCACCACGAGCAGCAGUGAAGGCGCACGCGCUGACCGCCGCCGAGGCCGCGCAACUGCUCGCGCUGCUCGAUGACGUCAACACGCUCGUCAAGCACGUCAGUACUCCUGCCUUAUGUAGCUCCGCUGUGACGUCACCACGAGCAGCAGUGAAGGCGCACGCGCUGACCGCCGCCGAGGCCGCGCAACUGCUCGCGCUGCUCGAUGACGUCAACACGCUCGUCAAGCACGUCAGUACUCCUGCCUUAUGUAGCUCCGCUGUGACGUCACCACGAGCAGCAGUGAAGGCGCACGCGCUGACCGCCGCCGAGGCCGCGCAACUGCUCGCGCUGCUCGAUGACGUCAACACGCUCGUCAAGCACGUCAGUACUCCUGCCUUAUGUAGCUCCGCUGUGACGUCACCACGAGCAGCAGUGAAGGCGCACGCGCUGACCGCCGCCGAGGCCGCGCAACUGCUCGCGCUGCUCGAUGACGUCAACACGCUCGUCAAGCACGUCAGUACUCCUGCCUUAUGUAGCUCCGCUGUGACGUCACCACGAGCAGCAGUGAAGGCGCACGCGCUGACCGCCGCCGAGGCCGCGCAACUGCUCGCGCUGCUCGAUGACGUCAACACGCUCGUCAAGCACGUCAGUACUCCUGCCUUAUGUAGCUCCGCUGUGACGUCACCACGAGCAGCAGUGAAGGCGCACGCGCUGACCGCCGCCGAGGCCGCGCAACUGCUCGCGCUACUCGAUGACGUCAACACACUCGUCAACUCUGCUGUGACGUCACCGCGAGCAGCAGUGAAGGCGCACGCGCUGUCCGCCGCCGAGGCCGCGCAGUUGCUCGCGCUGCUCGAUGACGUCAACACGCUCGUCAAGCACGUCAUGAAGCAAGCAGUAGUGAAGGCGCACGCGCUGUCCGCCGCCGAGGCCGCGCAGCUGCUGGCGCUGCUGGAUGACGUCAACACGUUCGUCAAGCACGUGAAACUGUCGUGCAUAAGCGAGACGGGCGUCUCUGGUGGAGUAUCGAGUGGCGUGGCUCUGGCACGGCGCGUGGCGGCGCAAGCUGAUGCUCUGCAGGACGCCGAAGGAAAGCUACUGCCCGCGCCGCAGCUGCGACGUCUACUGGCAACCCUGGUGGAAAGCUGCCACGAGUUGGUAGAAGCCGGGUGUUCGGGGCCGGGCGGCGCGGGCGCACUAUCGGCCCUUAGAGCGCAUUUAGCACGCGUCGAGAUGCGCGAAGGACACGCCUACUUGCACCCUGACGAGGUCCAGAAAAAGUCCGGUCGCUGGCUGCGCGGCCGCCGCAGCGUCUCCGAAGGACCGCAGGGGUCAUCGACCGCUGCUCAGGUCAAAUCCUGGGGCGUCAAGGAGGUCCAAACCUGGCUAGAGUCCUUACAGCUAGGGGAAUAUUCUGACGCGUUCGCGAAACAUGACGUCACGGGCCGCGAGCUCCUCUCAUUGGCGCGUAGAGAUCUCAGGGAUCUUGGCAUCACGAAGGUGGGACACGUGAAGAGGAUACUGCAAGCUGUCAAGGAGCUACAGUGACGUCGGCGAGGCCACUCCGAGGGAGAUGGCCACGGGUAAACGAAACGGACGGUCGCGACGCGAUGUGAUUUUGUUUUUUAGCGGUUUCUAGAAUGGCAAUUGUUUCUUUACGGCCAGAUGCUUUGAAAUAAAUUAGAUUAUGUCGAACUGUCGAUUGUAUUUUCAGCAAUAUCUACUUAUUCGUUUUAAGAAUUUGACAAGCAAAGGCGUUCUGUUUAAAAGCCCAAUGCUGUAUCAUUCGUAUGUCUUCUUCUUAUGAAAUAGGUAGUUUUUAGAUACUUAAAACACACAUAAGCAAUCUGUAUGCCCUUGAUAUAGUGUUAAAGUACGUGUGAGUCUUUUUGAGACAAAAUACUUUAAUAUUUAGAUAAGUCUUGCUAUUUAACAAUAAUAUUACCUACUUAAUCAUUUGAUAAUGACAAAUGUGUUGUCUCCAAAUACAUAGCGUAGUACCUACCAAAGAUAAUAUAAUACUUAAUUUGCAUAUUUAAAGCUAUAUUUUAAUGAUAUAGUCUAGAAUUAUAGCAAUAUUAAUUUUAGGGAAGGUAAGUCGCGACCGUAAGAAUACAAUUUUAGCCAAUAAGAUAUUAUUUUGAACUUCUCCAUAUUUGUUAAACAAUAUGAAACUACAAGGAUUAUAAAAAAUAUGUAUGAAAUUAUACGAUUCUUAAUAGUUAAAUAAGGAAAGAAAUUAAUAAGAUUAAGUUUAGGGUCAGUUUUACAGGUAAGUUCUAUUACCAAAGAAAUCUUCGUUAUACAUUUUAAAAAUAAACGACUUAUCGCAUAAUUUAUAUAGAUUUAACAGUUAGAGCCUUGUCAGCUC